AUGCACCACUGCCAGCCUUUGGUUGUGGCACCUAACGGACCGGAGGAGACCUCAGUUUUCAUUCAGACAUCACUGUGGCCAAGUAAACAUUUUGAAAUCCAUCAGUCAGGAACAGAGCUCAGCCCACCCCAUUCUCUGUCUUUUCUUGUUGAAGGUCUCAACCUGUGCACGAGUGGAAGCGCCUCAUCCUGCGAAGAGUGUCUCCUCAUCCAUCCCAAGUGUGCUUGGUGCUCCAAAGAGGAGUUCGGCAGCACGAAGUCUGUCCCAUCGCGGUGUGACUUCCUGCAGAACCUCAUUGCCAACGGUUGUGCUGGCGCCAUCGAGAACCCACGCAGCAGCAGCAGCGUGGUGAAGAACAUCCCCUUAAGCAGCAAGGGCUCUGGGCAGAGCCACCUGGAUGUCACACAGAUCACCCCGCAGAAGGUCGCCCUGAGUCUUCGUCCUGGUGACAGGACCUCCUUCCGAGUUCAGGUCCGGCAAGUGGAGGACUAUCCCGUGGACCUGUACUACCUGAUGGAUCUCUCCCUGUCCAUGAACGACGACCUGGACAAUAUUCGUAAUCUGGGGACAAAGCUGGCUGAAGAGAUGCGGAAGCUCACUAGCAAUUUCCGGCUGGGCUUUGGCUCUUUUGUGGACAAAAACAUUUCUCCGUUCUCCUACACGGCACCGAGAUACCAAAACAAUCCCUGCAUUGGGUAUAAGCUGUUCCCAAGCUGCGUUCCCUCCUUUGGUUUCCGCCAUCUCUUGUCCCUGACAGACAAAGUCGACCGUUUUAAUGAAGAAGUGCAGAAGCAGAAGGUGUCCCGGAACAGGGAUGCCCCAGAGGGUGGUUUCGAUGCAAUUUUGCAGGCUGCUGUGUGCAAGGAGAAGAUUGGCUGGCGGAAGGAGGCGUCCCACCUGCUGGUCUUCACCACGGAUGACGUGCCCCACAUAGCUCUGGAUGGGAAGCUGGGGGGGCUGGUGCAGCCCCACGAUGGCCAGUGCCACCUGAAUGAGGCCAAUGAGUACAGCGCAUCCAGCCAGCUGGAUUAUCCUUCCCUGGCACUCCUUGGGGAGAAACUGGCUGAAAACAACAUCCACCUGAUUUUUGCUGUUACAAAAAGCCAUUAUGUCCUGUACAAGAACUUCACUGCCUUGAUUCCUGGGACCACGGUGGAGAUUUUGCACAAGGACUCCAAGAAUAUCAUCGAGCUGAUUGUCAAGGCCUACAACAGCAUUCGGUCCAAAGUAGAACUCACUGUCUGGGACAGCCCUGAGGACAUUGGCUUGACCUUCACUGCCACCUGCCAGGAUGGAUUGUCCUACCCCGGGCUCAGAAAAUGUGGAGAUCUCAAGAUAGGAGAUACGGUUUCCUUUGAGGUUGCGGUGGAGGCCCGUGGCUGCCCUGCUGAAGACACCUCCCAUGUCUUCACCAUCAAGCCAGCCGGCUUCCGUGACACAUUGGAAGUGGCCGUCACCUACAACUGCCUCUGCGGCUGCACCGGCCACGCGGAGCCGGCCAGCAGCAAGUGCAGCAGCAAUGGGACCUAUGCCUGCGGGCUGUGCGAGUGCGAUGCCGGCUACCUGGGGGCCCGCUGCGAGUGUGAGGAGGGGGCUGGCGGGGAGACCCAGCCUGGGCUGUGCCGUGAGGUGGAGGGAAAGCCUGUCUGCAGCGGGCGGGGGGAGUGCAGCUGCAACCAGUGUGUCUGCUAUGAGAGCGAGUUUGGGAACAUCUACGGGCCCUUCUGUGAGUGUGACGACUUCUCCUGCGCCCGGUACAAGGGAGUUCUCUGCUCAGGUAGGUGCCGUCCCACCCCCCACCCUCUGCUUUGCCCGGACUGCAAAAUUGCAGCUUUGGCAUUGAUUAUUUGGGAGCGUGUUUGCUGAUAUGCAGCCUUAGUGUAGUCCUCAUGAGGCCUCAUCUGGAGUAUUGUGUCCAGCACAAGAAAGAUGUGGGGCUGUUGGAGCAAGUCCAGAGGAGGCCAUGAGGAUGCUCUGAGGGUUGCAGUAGUUCUCCUGCUGAGAAAGACAGGGGAAACUGGGCUUGUUCAGCCUGGAGAAGAGAAGGCUCAGAGGAGACCUCAUUGUGACUUUCCUGUACUUAGGGGACCUUAUAAACUAAAGGGAAAGUGACUUUUUACAUGGUCUGAUAGUGUGAUAGGACAAGGGGGAAUGACUUUAAGCUAAAAGAAGGGAGAUUUAGGUUAGAUGUAAGGAAGAUAUUUUUUACUCAGAGGUGAGGCACUGGCACAGGCUGCUCAGAACGCUGUGGGUGCCCCAUCCCUAGAGGUGCUCAAGGCCAGGUGUGCAGCCUGAGCGGGUGAGUAGCAACCAGCCCAUGACAGGGGGCUGGGACUGGUGGGCUUUAAGGUCCCCUCCAACCCAACCAUUCUGUGAGUCUAUUACAACAAUCACAGGCUUGGAUUCUCCCAAGCUUUUUCUUGCCUUCUUAAAUUGCAUUUCUCCACUUGUGCCAUGUGCCCACAUAGAUACCAUCUUUUUUUAAAGAUAACACAUUUGAAGCAAUCCCCUGGCAAGUGAAAGGAAAGGUUGAGUUUUGGUUUGUUACUCAUUAGAGAAAAUCUGUAUUGGAAAUUCCUAAAGGGACUUUACAUGCAGACUUUUCUGCCUGCUGGGAAAACAAAUCAUCCACUGGUCAAGAUUUAGCCAGUCUGCUUUGCUUCAGCAAAGGUGGAGGAGCUAUUUAGCAGUGUUUGCUAAAAUGGCAAUUCCUUUAAUUCCUUUUCAGCCUGAGGUCAUGUAAUUUACCUUCCACACGUUGCCUGGAUCAGCCCUAAGACAUAAUUCUUUCACCUGAAGCUGGGUAAAAUGUUACUCUUCAAAACUUCUUUGUUUUCAAAGUGAAAUACUUCCUCAAGUGAAAAUCUCAGACCAAAUUUCCAAAAUGCUGUGCAGGUUUGCGUUAGCUCUCUUGUUGGUAGAGUAAGCUCAGAAAAGCAGCUGUUUUUCACUGUUCUCUGGAGAAGUGGAGGGAUUUUUCCCCACUGUGCCUAACCUGCAGGCUUCUGAGCAAGUGCUGAGCUACCCCUGGGUAAGUGCAUUUAUAGAAUCAUAGAAAUACUAAGCUUGGAGAAGACCACUAAGAUCACCAAGUCCAACUCCAGCCCAUCCACACCUUGCCUGCUAACCAUGUCUGUCAAGUGCCACAUCUCCAUGGUUCUUGAACAUUUCCAAAGACAGUGACUCUGCCACUCCCUGGGCCAUUGGAGACUGUUGUGUUGGUAGGCAGGUUGGGGCUGUUGAGGCACUGUCUGCAUAUGGGAAUGGCAAUCCUCUGGAUUUGGCAGCAACUGGAAACAGCACUGUGGCAAGUCAUGUGUCUUCUGUUGCACCUAGUGGAGGGCUGCUGGUGGUGGGAAGAAGGGCAGAGCUGGUUUGGGAUAUGCCAGUUUUAGAGUCAUUGAAAAGUGUUUGUUUUUGUUUUUUUUAUAGCUGUGAAAGAAAACAAAGUAGAGGCUGAGGCCAAGCAGCUCCAGGGAUAGACUGGUGGGGUGGUUCUCACCAUGCCUCCUGGUAUUUUAUUGUUUUGUAGCCUUUUUUUCUUCUAAAUUCCAGCCUAUUGAGUAAGUUUUCUCAGCCCAGGGGGCUUAGGGCUUCUCCAGCCCACCAAAAGUGUCUGAGCUUGCACAGCAGUUGGUUUGGGGUGUGCCCCAAACUGCCCCUAAAGAGCAGCAGGUCUCUGGAAGAAGUAGCUGUGGUAGAUUCAGCUUUUCUGAAGAAGGAGGACAGAAGAGUUUCUGAACACUGCGCGCAGCUGUGCAUCAUGUUGGGAGAUUCAGCACAGGGUCUGGCCUUUCCUAGACAGUUUGGAUGGCUGCCAUGGAGAGGCAGAGCCCUCUGCUCACUGCCUGCCUCCCUUCCUGGAGCCCGGCUCAGGAAUUUGCAGAUCACUGUGCAUCCCCAUGGCUUUUGGACCCCUUGGCUGCCUUCCAGCAAAUCUGACAAAUGAGGAAACAUCUCAGUGCUAGUUGCAUUCCUAAGGUCCUAUAAAAUGAGUUAGUUAGAGGGAGGAGAGGCCCUGGUGAGAACAUCAUGCAUUGGCCACUAAUGAAGCAGGACGGUUCUCUGGAGGGCACGCUUUGUUAGCUGCAGCUAAGACCUGUAUUUGCAGGGGGUGUGAGUAGUACAGCAGCUCCUUUACUUCGGUGUGCCUACAGAAAUUUCCUUGUCUUCACCACUGCUGACGCAAAAAGCUAACAUCAGCAAUAGGCUGUCAGAUUUGCCACCCAAAACCACUUCUGAAAAGGGAUUUAGGAAAUGGCAACUCAACCAAAAACCCGUGGCUUGUUGCACAGAGACUCUAUCUACAUAGACCUCCAACUGCCUUGCGGAAACUGAAAAACUUCAAAAACUGCUGAGGGUGUGCAAAUCUUUCAUGGCCUCCAUAGUUAUAUCUGACUGCUUCCCUUUCCUUGGUCUGCCAAAUGGGGAAGAACUCUGGGUUUUUGGUCACAGUGGCAUAAGGCUUUUGUUUGUUUUGCUGCAGCCUCACAUUAGAAAUCACACUCCUGCUUCUGCAAUUUGUUCCAGGAUUUCCUGGUUGCAGGCGCCACAUCAGGGUUCAGCAGCUCUAUCCUUGUGCUGGCUCUCAUGGGAAGAUGCUGCUCGGUGCCGGUGCUGCAGUUUCUGGUUGUGCAAGAGACACAGAACAUGCUAGCCCCAUGCUUUGAGGACAGUGCUCACGUCUACUGGCACCACUGGCAUCUCUGCCUUGUGAUUUCUGAUGUAGCCUCUUACUGUACUAAUUCCUACAGGCUGAGACACUUGGCCUGAAAGCAGACCUUUUUCCCCACUUCUGAAGUCAUCAUCUGUCUGCUUGCACCAGGGCUGGUGUGCCAGGGAAGGUCUCAGAUGCAGGAACAGAAGGAACCCAGUAACCAUUUCUUUUUUUCAUCUCCGCAAUCUUCAUUCCUACCACACCAGCUUUUACCAGAAGCUGCUGUGUUUUAUUAAGAAAGAAGUGGGCAGUACUGGGUGGCUCCAGAGGUGGAGAUGGUGGCUGAGUGUGGUUGGGGAGGGGGAAAGGAACUUCCCUGUGCCUGCAGCUUUGGCUGCUUGGCUGCCGUGCUGGACCGUGCACAGCAGAUGGUGAAUAGCCCCAAAGGGAAAAGGAUGCUCUGUGGAAGAAAAAGGGAACAGAGCUUAAACCACAUCUGCUGUGUUUUCUUUUCUGCCAUGUCAAGUUUUGCUAUCUUUGUUGUUUUUUUAUUUGGGCAAUUUAAAAAAAAAAAUUGGGGGCUUGAGUGAAAAUGCAGAAUCUGAGUGCAGAUGCACAUCACUGCCUGAAAGUGCAGAAAGAUUUCUUUUGUUGUUAGUGUUACAGGGCUGUGUCUCUUUUCUUUCCCUCUUUGCAUCCUCCCCACUCUGGGCAGAGGUGGGUAUUGUGUGCCCAUUACUGUUUCUCAGCAACGAGCAGAUGUGGUGCAAGCAUCUCGAGAUCUUCUGCCUGAGUGAGGAGAAAGGAAACCUCUGGUUUGUGGUGUACCUUUCCAGUCCUCGCCCAUAAGCAUCACUUGGUGGGAGCUCUCUGCCCAUGAAAUGUUUUGGCUUUGAUGAGAAUUUAUACAGACACUGCAGACAUUUUGUAAUAAGCCAAACCCUACUGGAGGGCCUCCUCUGCUCUCCUCCUUUCUCUGGGUUAAGCUGCUAAGCUGGGCAUGUUCCAUUUGCUCUCAUCACAUGGCUUAGCAUGAAGAAAUUAGGGGUCACCAGGUCAGCUCUGUUUGCUUCCAUCAUGUGGAGCAGCCUGGAGAGAUGUAAAGUCCAGGGCAGCAGGGCUCGGAGCUGGAGAGAUUAAGAGGAUUCCUUCUGCUCGUCCCUGUGCUGCUGGGCAACUGGGAAGGACUAGAAGGACAUGCAAAUUUGUGGUUGCCCCUGCAGGUGAGAGGGAGCAUCCCUGUGAGUCUCCUGAAAUCUCACUGUUUCUCCACCCUUCCCCAACCUUUCUCUUCUCCUUCCUCUCUGUAUUUAUUUCUUUUUAAACCUGGUUUCUGUUCCGCUCUCUGCAAUGCUGUGCUGAGAUGUGUGCUGUGUUCCUUCGAGUGUAUGCCUUUCCCAUCCUGCUCCAUGCCAAAGGCAGAGAGCUGAAGACCUAAAAUAGCAUAAGAAACCUUGCACCCAGCUCCUGUCUUUCCCUCCUAGGAGCUCUUUUCCCUCUUGCACAAACCAAAUGGUACCUCCUCCUCUCAUCCUGGACUUCUCCCUUAGGUGCCAGCCCUCGGCUGGAUCCUUAAGGAUCUCCCCAAGGCUGUGCUCCAGCAGUGCAGGGGGAUUUCCCAAGGACCAUAUGUGCUUGGGAAACAUAUGUGUCACCUAUAUGUGUGCUGGGCACCCGCUAAGGGGUUUUUCUGUUUCCAACCUCCUCUGUUCUGAUGCUUGCAGAAGGGUUUGGGCCAGUUUUGUCAGCCCCAAACAGUCACAGCCUUGGAGAAGCCAUCAGGAACUGAUGGAUUUGGGGUUUUGUCCUGGAAGGAUUGAGCUCUGUUUCUCCAAAAGUCCCAUUCCAUGCACAGGAGGAAAAUGCCAGCUUUGCUUACCCCUCCUUUCCCCCUGCCCAGGCCCUCAGUGCUGUUGCAGACCUCCCCAACCCUGGCAGCGAUCCCUUCAAGGACUUGACCGCACAGAGUGCUGCUGUUCCAACCGCUUUUCACUUGGGGUUUCUCCUUGCCCUCGAACAGGCCUUUUGCAACCAUUAAUGCAUGCUAAUGAGGCAUUAAAUGCCAUGGCAGAAUUAAAAGAAUACAGCAGUGACGCUUACUACAUCUUUGUGGGAGCCAGAGCUCUGCCUGGGGUCUCUCUUAAAGCAGCAGCAAGAAGUAUCAUCUGAUGGCACAGGCACCUGCCUGACCCCAUGUGCAGGCGCAGCUGCUCCACAGACUACAAACUCCAGAAAGCCCCCAAAAUAUGAAUGAUACAGACCUGGAAAGCAAGCUAUGCUGAGCGUGUGCUCCUCAAAGGGAGAUAAUGAUGUGGGGUGGUCUUGCCUAAAUGCUCUGCCUUUAUGGCUGGUUCCUUUGAUGCCUGGAUUUGACCUUUCUGAUCACACUAAUUAACAGAAAGAAGUGGUUGGAAAUGGAUGCUGUGUUUUGGGUUGAGAAGCUAACAGUCUAAAGCAGGCAGGUGAGUGAAAUUGUGUUUCUUAUUGGCAUGCACAGACAGCCCCUGAAUUUUGCUCAGUUUAGAAUACCAAACAGACCUAAGAGUGCUGCACAGCUGUGGAUUCUUUCUCUUUUCCUAUAUCUUAUUUUGAAUGAAAUUCUGACUUCUUUCAGCUUCUUUGGGAAGGGAGAAAUCUAUCCCCAAACCAUGGACCUUUGGUGAACUUGCACCAGAUUAUGUGUUUGUAUCCAAAUGCGGAACUGGGCAAGGCUCCCACAGCAUUGGAUUCUGCAGUGAAAGAAUGUCUCUUUGCUCUGGGGACCACUCCUUGUAAUGAGGUCCAGCUGAAAGGACAUUCAGCACAUUUGUGCCUCGGUAGGCUGGGAGUUAGCCUGCUUUUCAUUUUAAGGAUGGGCUUGAACCAUAGAAUUUGACCCUAGAGUUCAGGCAUUUGGGAUCCUGCAGCUUUGUUUUGGAGCCAGGCUUUAUUUUAAGAAUAAAUCUAAGGGAACUGGGUGGUUUUUUACGUGUGCUUUCUGAAAUCCAUCCCUGCUGACCUGCCAUGCUGCUGCGGAGAUGGAUCAAGGAGUAUGGAAGUGGGGGUGAUGGAUGCCCUAUCCCUGGUGACACUCAGUGUCAGGCUGGAUGGGGCUCUGAGCACCUGGUUGAGCUGUAGGUGUCCCUCCUCAUUGCUGGGGGGUUGGACCAGAUAGCUUUUAAGGGCCCCUUUCAACUCAAAGGAUUCUAUGAUAAAUGGGGGGAAGCUCCUGGCUGUGGGUCCAUGGAUCAUCACUUGCAGCAAGGAAGCUUUGGUAAUAGGAAUUAUCAGCUAUAUAUCAGCUAUAAAUCAUAAUGAAUUCAUUCAUGCUCGUAAGAGGUGAAGCUAUGGAUAAGCAUGUACUCAGUUUGGCUGGGUUACUUCAACCCAGAGCUGUUCUGGAACCAUGACACCCAUCCCAGUUUCAUCCCCUCAGGUCUGGCAGCCCCACAUCACUCCCAGCAGCUGUAGCAGAGUUGGCAGUGGAACCUGAAAGCUCUCAGUUCCCAGCUGUGGGUCCCCCUCCAGAAAGCCACAUGGGGCUGAGGAACUCAUGUAAGCAAAAGUCAGGAAAUUUGUGGAGCGCUGAGAUUUCUUAACCAGAAAAGAAGAAAGAAAGAA